GUGCGAAGUUCAAGACAUUAUUUAAAAAGGCAAUAGAUGCUUCCAAAAAGUUAGUGGACUGAAACAAUUUCUCAAUUUAUCCAUCCUAAGGCUGAAAUCCGGUCCUGUAGAAAUGACCGACGUGAUGUCAUAUAGGAUGGCGUUUUGUUUUCAUAUCUGACAGCUAUAACAUAACCUAACUUUAUACGUGAAUAUUUGUAAGUUCGUUUUUGGUAUUUAAGUGGUCAGAAAUUCGAAAUUAUUUAGAAAAACAAAAAACAUGAGUUUAACAGGAAGAACACGCUUAAGUAUACUCGACAAGCCUUUAAGUAAGGGCAAGGGUGAGGUCUCCUUGAGCUGUUUUGCCCUUCUUUUUUCUGAAGUGGUACAAUAUUGUCAAAAUAAAUCUCAGACAGUGCCAGAAUUACAAAACAGACUCCACGAUUUGGGUAAAACUGUAGGUUCAAAACUAAUUGACCUAUACUUUGUUCGCGAAAGAACUGGUAAAAGAGAAAUAAAAUUAUUGAAUAUACUGUUGUUUGUCAAAACUUCCCUAUGGAAGACACUGUUUGGGAAAGAAGCAGAUAAAUUAGAGCAUUCUAAUGAUGAUGAGAACACAUAUUAUCUGAUGGAAAAGGAGCCUUUGGUUAAUCGUUUCAUCUCAGUUCCUAGGGACAAGAGCAGCUUGAAUUGUGCUGUGUUCAUAGCUGGUAUCAUUGAGGCAGUAUUAACAGGCACUGGCUUUGUUCUGUUUUUGCCAGAGCUAUCAUCAGGUCGCUAUCGACAUCAAGACGAAUUCGCUGUUUAGUUUUAAUUAAAACUAGCGCAGAAAAGCCUGUCUCGCAUAGUUGAAGAAAAAGGAACUAUUCAUAAAGCAAGAGAGGAAAGUAUUGAAUUAACAGGCAAUCUUUUGAUCCAAAAUUACUCCAAUGUUAAAAGAUGGAAGUCAUCUUUCAUGGACGAAUCAGCCUUCAUUCCUAGAAAUUCUUCUUGAACAUCUUCUGGUAAUUGGGACACAUCGACAACAAAUAGAUUUCUUGUCAUGUGUCAUAUUGAUGACUCUGAAUUGAUGUCUCGAUAGUAUCGGCGAAAUUCAUCUUCCAGCGCUUGCAAAUGAGUUUUUGUCAGCUAUUAAAUUUGCGUCCAGUAUGUUAUUUUUAAUUGCUUCGAACAGCCGAGAAAAAGAUAUAACAUUUUCAGAAGACACUUUUUGAUUCCAAAGUUGAAGCUUUGAUAUGAACCCCUGAAUAUAAUCAUAAUUGCUUAUUAUAGUGUUGUUCUGCCCUGAAGUUUCAAGUUUAGGUCAUUCAAGGAAUCAAAUAUGUCCGUUAAAUAAUCCAACCUCCAUUGAAAUUUGUUAUCUUCGAACAUUGUCAAGAAAUCAUGUUUUUCUUUGAACUCAAGAAAAAAAAUUCUCUUCUUUCAAUUCAUAAAGGCGAGCCAACAUGUUGCCUUUGGACAGCCGGCGUACUUCUGUAGGGAACAGAAGAAUUUUUUGAUCAGAAUCGAGAUCCUCCCAAAGUAAAGUAAAUAACCGUCUGUUCAAAGUGCUGCUCUUGAUGUAGUUUACAAUCCUUAUAGCCGAGUCCAAAGUCUGGCGUAAUUUAUGUGGCAAUGUUUUGGAAGUAAAAGCUUGCCGAUGAAUAACACAAUGUGUACUAACCAUUGCGGGAUUUUUUUCUAAGCUCGAUCAUACACCUAUCAUUGCAGGUGCACCAUCUGUGCAAAGUCCUUUGAGUUUCUUCCAAUUCAAAUAAUUUUUUUCAGCAAAAUUUGAUAUUGAAUUAAAUAUAUCCUCAGAUGUAGUACCUGCUGUAGGGAGUACAAAAUCUCUUCUUGAAUGAUAUCUCCGCAGAUGUAACGACCAUAAACGAUUAAUUGUACACAAUUAACGAUGUGAGUGGAUUCAUCGCAACUAAUUACAAAAAAUGACGAUAAUUAUACUUUGUUAAUUAUUUGUGACUUUAUGUCUGCUGCAGUGUCAUCGAUUCUACGCUUGACUGUGUUAUUCGAGAGAGAAAUAAACUUUAUUUUUUGCUCUGCAUCUUCUCCUAAAAUUAUCUGCGUGGCUCUUAGGACACAUGGUUUUAUUAAUUCUUUACCGAUAGUAUGAGGUUUCUUUUGCUUUGCUAUCAUAAAAGCUAUUUCGAAUUAAGCUUUGAGAUGCUGCGAUACACCUGUGUGAUAACUUCCCGAUUUAUCCAGCCUGAUCCGCUUGAGUGAUUCUGAUUUAGAAGAAAAAAACUCUUUCGUCUUCAAAACUAGAGUAGGAUGUUGUUGCUGCAAAUGCCUUUCAAGACGAUUGGGCCUCAUGUUAUCAUUACUUAAAACUUUCAUUCAUAUCACACACUGAGUCAAUUGUAACUCGUCUUUUUCUAUGAAGGUAAAUCCAAACUUAACGUAAUCUUCGAAAAACUUUCUUUAUUUCGCUUCCAUUUUGCACAUAUAACAAUAAAACAAAUAAGUAAUAAAUAAAUACCCAAAAUGCCUACAUGUAAUUUCUAAUUAUAUGCUCAUUAUUUUAUCUUAAUAACGUAAUGUAUUCAACAGUAUAUUGGCCACUGGGAGAUUUAUAUUUUUGUAGGCAGGUUGACGUUAUAAUAGUAAUUUUAAAUAUAUUUGGAAUCAAUAUUAGAACGCGUCUCCACUCAAUAAAAAAUUUAGUGAAUUAAAUAAAAAUGGUAACUGAAGUUUGAAAAUAUACAAACUUACCUUUUAACAGUGAGACGCAAUAAUUUGGCACACUCAAACAGAUUUCUCAACAAAACAUGUACAUCGAAACGUCAAAUUUUUCGCAAAUUUGUGGGAAUGAAUGUCACAGAUGCUCAUUCGCGUCUGGUAGGUACACAAUUGUUUUCUAAAGUGAUGGAUGUUAAGCGGAGCGCGGCGGGGGUGCGCUCGGAUUUCAUGUUGUGACUUGUCAAUACUGCGGUUGACGACGCCGGGUUUUGAAACAGCGGUUGACAGAAUAAGUGAAUAUGAUAUUUAAUUUCUAAUUUUAUGCGUGUAAAUUAAUCAUUACGUUGUAAUGUCGUUUGUUAAUGUUUAUUUUUUUUUGUUUUUUCUUUAUAAAAUGCAAACGCUUUCCGCCCCCCUUGACAUCUCUCUAUGCCCUCCUCUGGAGGCGCACCCCCUGGUUGAGAACUCCUGCUCUAGACAGUGCUAACAAUAAGCCGGUGAGUGCGGCCAAUUCAUAAAAUGAAACCAUAUUAGCUGUGCUUAUUGUUAGGCACCCAUUUAUAUUCCAAAUAUUAAUUAGUGUGAAUCUAUUUCUGAAUAUAAUGUAUCUAACUAUUCAUAAACUGCACAACUUGAUUAUCGGGUCUCUUUCUUUGAUCACUUAUUUUAGCACUACCACUUAUCUAAUUUAAUUACGUUUAUGA